AUGCGGUUGAGAUCACCGGACCAGUGGCUACGGAUUCGGCGCUGGCGAAGAACUGGCGGGCGUUCAGGGCACCCCGUGCGCAACCUUGCCCUGCUUGUUGUUAUGCUUGGCGUUGGCCUGCUCUGGCUACACCCCGAAGCGCACUGGUACCAGCGCCUCAGCGGGCAAGUUCGGGCUAGGUUACGAGAGCAGUCUGCCGGACACCUCGUGAGCAGCGCCGACCGGAGCGAAUCGGCCUUGCGUGAGGCUGGACGUGGAAUGAGUGCGACUGCGUCAGUGAAACUGGGUCAAGCUCGCUGCAGCUGUGCACAAGAAAUAGAUACAGCGUUUAACUGCUUAAAAGUUCAAAGCGACGUUUUGGUAAGAGCGCUGGUGACGACGGCGCUCAGUUACGCGAAACCGUGGCGCUGUCAAGACGCUGCCAGCCUGCUGGCUACGUGUUAUCUGGAUCAACGAUAUGGGAACUUGUCCAGCCCGACAGUAAGUCUCGCUACGGUGGAACAGCGCGUACUUGGCGGGUACAGUGAUCCGUUCCAGGCGCUCUGGGCCUGUGAGUUCUACCUCGCCAACUUCCUGCUCUGCGUCGACGACCUGGUUGGCGGUUCCGGAAACACAACGCGGAGCCUCCUCGGCGGUGCAGGACAUAUUCUGGGCGAGCUCCUGGUGCCUGUGAGUCGACCAGACAUGCGGAGUCGGCAAAUACUUCGCGAUCCGAAGCGGACGAGUAGCAUCCUUUAUUGUCUCUUGAACUGGCAUCGAUGGGUGCUCCAUCUUCAAGAAAAUACUGCAUGUAUCGAGCCCUGCGAGGCUGUUGAUGCAGCGCCCACAUUCGACAAGAUCUGCACGGGCUCGCUCUGUGCGGUGCUGUUUCGCGAGCCGCGGGGUCCACCGGUGACGCUCGCGAGCCUCACGACACCGGAACGGCCAGUACCGCGAGCCUGCAUCGCCUGGUUGUUUGAUGUGCUCGCGCAACUGGCGCUGCUCGCGGACGAGAAAGAGCUCGGGUCCAAUAACCUAUUCGCGCUCAGUGAAACAGCGAGCUAUGGAUCAUGCUGGCCAAUCGCUCAGCGUCUCGCUGGUUGCCUGUAUACAAACGUUGUCGACGGCAAUGGUGGUGGCCUCAUCGGCCCAGUGCAUCGUUGUGAUAAAUCACUAGGUGAUCUCAGCGAAUGCAUCGGGGGGAUCGCUCUUCGAGAGACGGCCCUACAUUGUGCGACGCGGGAUAAUCUCUGGGCAGUGCGAUGUGCACCCAUGGUAGAUCUUGACUAUCGAUCUUGGUACUUUGGUACCAUGCAACUUGCCGCAAAAACGUAG